AUGGGAAAGAUACCUAAAAGCAAGGAGUCAAGUGCUUAAAAAAAUAAAAUAAAAUCUUAAAAAUAUGAUCCAAAAGUAUAACAAAUAUAACAAAAAUUGCAUUAAAAAGAAGAUCAUAAUGAGGAUCAACAGAUAAUUGUUAAUGAAUAAGAACAUAUAAGCGAUAAUAAUGUAAAAUAAUAAACAAGUGCUUAUUGCUUUUAAAACAUUAUGAUUGGUGUUGAUUUUUAAAUUUAUUAAAAUCAAUUCUUAAAGAUUCCAAAUAGUUUUUAAGAAAUACCCAACAAUGUAAAAGAUAUAUAAAAUAACUAAUAAGAACCAGCAAAUAACGAAUUUGAUGACUAAGUUUAAAAAAUUAAAAUUAGAAAAAGAAUAUGUAAAAAAAGGAAUAAAAUAACUAAAAACCAAGAAGAUAUUUUAGAUUUAGAAUCCAAUAAAUGCCAAAUAGAAAAUGAAUAAUAAUAUUUAAAUGAAGAUUUUGAAAAAUUUUUAUUUAAAGAUGUAGUGAAAAUUAAAAAAAAAUAAAAUGAAUUAUUAUCUACCAAUAAAUAAAAUGUUUAAAAUAACUAGCUUGAUUAAAAUAGCUGUUUGAAUGAAUAUUUAAACCAAAUAUUAGAAAGCUAAGUAAGUAAUUAAAAGAAAACUAGAAAAUAUACACGCAGAUAAAAUAAAAAAGCAAAGUAAGGAAAAGAGGAAGGAGAAGUAGAUAAUAAUAUCUUUAAUUAUUUGCAAUCUGAUGAAACUUUAGGAAAAAAGGGUGAUGAAAAUAAAAUAGAUGUUGAAUAAAAUCAAGUUAUGAAAGAAAAUGAAAAUGAAAGCCAAAACUAAGAAGACUAAGUAAAGAAUUAAAAGAAAACUAGAAAAUAUACACGCAGAUAAAAUAAGAUAGUAAAAUCAGAAAAAGAGCAAGUAGAAAAUGAUAAUAAUAUCUUCAAUUAUUUGCAAUCUGAUAAAACUUUAGAUGAAACUUUAGGAAAAAAGGGUGAUGAAAAUAAAAUAGAUGUUGAAUAAAAUCAAGUUAUGAAAGAAAAUGAAAAUGAAAGCCAAAACUAAGAAGACUAAGUAAAGAAUUAAAAGAAAACUAGAAAAUAUACACGCAGAUAAAAUAAGAUAGUAAAAUCAGAAAAAGAGCAUGUAGAAAAUGAUAAUUAUAUUAAUAAUAAUUUACAAUCUGAAGCAAUUUUAGAAAAAAAAUAGGAUGAAAUUGAAACAGGUGUUGAAUAACAUUAAGUUAAGAAAAAAAGAAUUUCUAGAAAAAAAAAAUAAAAUAUUUCUGAAGAUAAUUAAUAGAAGAACUAAGAAAAUAAAAUUUUUAAGGAUUUCAUUAGUACUUGUUUAAAUGUUAAAUAAAAUUAAAGUUUUAGCAAAACGUUACUUGAUUAUGAAACUGACCAAAAACAAGAUUAAGUAGACUUAAAUUCGAACUCACCUAAAAACUAGAACAAAUAUAAAAAAAAGAAGAAAAUUGAAUAUGAGGAAAAUGAUAAUGGAGAAAAUUCUAUAAAAGAUAAUUAAGGUCAAUAGAAGUUAUAGGUGAAUGAAUAAGAAAAAGAUUUAGUGUUUGAACUCUGCAAAGAUAUCUUUCCACACGAAAACCCAUAUCCAAACUAACUAGAUUCUAUGUAAGAAAUUAUUAAGACUUUAAAGAAUAAGAAAAAUUUACUUUUUUAAUCGCCCACGGGAACUGGUAAAACUCUAAUGACAAUCUCGUCAGCUUUAGCUUAUGUUGAAUAAAACCCAAAUACAAAAAUUCUUUUAUUAACAAGAACUUGUGAAUAAAUAAAUGGGUUUAUCAAGGAAAUAAGAAAGAUUAAAAAAUUUCAAGGUAUCAAUCGGUAUUCAAUCUUAGCAGGAAGAAACUAAUUUUGUCCAAAAUUCAACUAAAUUUAAAAAUACUUCAAAGAAAAGAAUAUAGACAUCAAGCUGUCUAAUGAAGACAUAAAUAAAUUAUGUAGUUUAAUUACAGAAGGAUAAUAAGAGGAGGAGUAUGAUGAUGAAGAAGAAGAAGAUGAAGAUAAAAAUCAAGAAGAAGAAGAUCAAGAUAAAGAAGAAAAACUUGUAGAAAAAAAUUAAGAAAAUAAAGAUUUUUAGCAUUAAAGGUAGAUAAUAAAGUUGUUAGGUAUAUUAGAUGAAAAUUUAAAUGAACAAGAUGUUAAAAAUUACAUAAAAAGCAUAUAAUUAUUUAAAUAAUAAUAAAAAGUUUAAGAAACUAAAACUCAAGAUUAAAUAUCAACAGAAGUAGAAAAAGAUAAAAAUCUUUUAUAUAAAAAUGAAAGUGGAGUGUUAGAAAAAUGCUAAAACAAUUUAUAAUUUAUUUAAAAAAAUGAAGAAGUCAAACUAUAUGAGACUAUCUAAAAUUAGCAAAAUAAAGAUUAAAUAUCACCAGAAGUAAAUAAAGAUGAAAAUGAAAGUGGAAAGUUAGAAUUAUGCUAAAAUAAUUUUUAACUACUUUAAUAAAAUGAAGAAGUUAAACGAGAUGAAAUUAUCUAAAAUCAAGAAAAUCAUAAUUAAAUAUCAAUACAAGUUGAAAAAGAUGAAAUUGAAGGUGGAAAAUUAGAAAAAUGCUAAAAUAAUUUUUAACUUCUAUAAUAAAAUGAAGAAGUUAAACUAGAUGAAAUUAUUUAAAAUCAAGAAAAUCAUAAUUAAAUAUCAAUAGAAGUUGAAAAAGAUGAAAUUGAAGGUGGAAAAUUAGAAAAAUGCAAAAAUAAUUUUUAUCUUCUAUAAAAUAAUGAAGAAGUAGAAUUAAAUGAAAUUAUCUACAAUCUAGAAAAUGAGCAAUUAGAUUAUUGUGAGUACUACAAAGAUUUCAAAAAAAAUAUAUCUACAAAAUAAAAUAUUAAAUGGAGAUAUCCAAAAGUAAAAAGAAAUUUCCAAUAAGAAUUUAUGUUACCUGAUAUCGAAGACAUAAAUCACUUAUUUUAAGAGAAGGAGUUAGGUUGUCCCUAUUUCUAUAGCAAAGAAGCUGCAAAGUCUGCAAAAAUCGUUUACAGUACUUACAAUUAUGUGAUAAAAUAACAUAUCUUAAGUCGUGUAAAACAUUUAUUUGAAAAUUCUGAUUUGAUCGUAAUAUUUGAUGAAGGUCAUAAUAUUGCUGAGCUUGCAGAAUAAGAAUAGAAAUUAACUAUAAAUAAAGACCAUUGGGAUACCUUUUAUGAGACUGUUAAAAAAUUUAAUUCAUAUUUUUAGAAGUCUAAAUUAAAUAAUGAAACAAGCAAUACAUUAAAAUAAUUAAUAGCUAAAGAAAUAGAAAAUGAAGCUUAAUAUUUUAAAAUAUUAAUUUAAAGAUAAAGUAAAAAGCAAGAAAAAUAAAAAUCCUAAGAAAAUAAAGAUGAAAAAAAUCCAAUUAAUUUGAUCAAAGAGAUUUUAUUGAAAAAAUCUGAAAAUAAAGAAAGUGGAAAAUAAUAUAUCAAAUAAAAAAAUUUUACAUUUAUCGAUUUGUAUGAUUAAAUAAAAUAGUGCAUAUAAAAACAACAUUUAAUAAUAGCUAGAUAGGAUGUGAAAGAUCUUGUUGAUUUUAUUGAAAAAGAUGAUCCUGAAGAUUUAAAAUUGGAUGAAUAAAUAGUAAGUUAGAAAUUAGAAAUCUAUAAGAAAGCAAGAAAAGAAGAGUUAUUUAGUUUUUUGAAUAACUUUCAAAACAGCUUUCUAGAUAUAACUGAAUUUUGUGAAAAUAAUUUUAUCAGCUGGUUUAAUCCAUAAAAUAAUAAAAAUAAAAAUUUUAGUGAAUUGUUUUAUUGCUAAAGCAUUUAUAGUCAUCUUUAAAAAUUAGAGUUUGUUGAUAUUUUACAGAUGAAAGAAUUUGUAAAAAAAUCGCAGGAAAUUUACAAAAUGUUAAAUUUUAUAAAAGCCUUAAUAGAAAAAAAUCUAAAAAAAAAAUUUGCAUAAGUUUGUAAUCCGAUUAACAAUCUUGUAGAUAUUGCUAAAGACAUUCAUAUUAAUUCUUUUUUUACAAUAAAUAAAUUUUUUUAAAAACUUUUAUUUUUAAGGAAUGAGUAGUAAAUAAACGAUAAAAGUUAAAUCCUUUUAGAUUAUUACCUAUGUUUUUCUAGGGAUAAUGAUUCUUUGUAUUUUUAGAUUGGAUGCUUAUCAGCCAAGGAAAUAUUCAGAAAAAUUAAGGAUAAAAUUCGUGUAAAUUCAUUUAUAUUUUCUUCAGGUACUUUAGAACCUUAUGAUUUAAUUACUGAUAGCAUUUGUCUUCCAUUUGAAAUUUAUGAAUCUAAAAAUAUUUUUAAUUCCUAAGAAAACUUAUUUACUCAAGUAAUUACUAAAUACUAAGAGAAAGAAAUACAUUUGAAUUUUGAAAAUAAAGAAGAUCUAAUUGUUAAUGCAAUAAAUGCUAUUCAAGAUAUUUUAAAUAUUUUUCUAAAUUACACAAGGAAAUUAAAUAAAAAACAAGGCUUUCUUAUAUUUUUUAAGAGUUACUCUUAUCUAAAUUAAUAUUACAAAUAAAUUAGAAGUAUUGCCAAAAAGUAAUUUUAUGUCUACAAAGAAACAAGUGAUUCCAAGGACUUUAAAGCAUAAUUUGAGUAAUACAAAAAUAAUAUAGAAAGUAAUUAUAAGAACUGCAUCUUUUUAGGUGUUUGUAAGGGAAAACUCUCAGAAGGUAUUGAUUUUAAAGAUAACUUGUGCAGAAUUGCUAUUAUUCUAGGAGUUCCUUAUCCUUAAUUAUUUGAUCCAUAUGUUAAUUGCUAAAGAAAAAGAUACUAGCUCAAAUUCAUGAAAAACGAUUGGUAUGAAAAAGUUACAUCUAAAGUUGUCAACCAAGCUGCAGGUAGAUGCAUUCGUCAUAAAAACGACUGGGGGUGCAUCUUCUUUUUAGAUUCUAAUUUCUCUCAUUAUAAAAUAAAAAAAAAUAUAUCAGGUUGGAUUUUAGAUGGAGAGAAGCAUAAAAAAGAUGAAUAGGAUGUCAUUUAGGAUGAUUGGUAAAAUCAAUAUAAAGCUUUCUUAGUAAAUAUUGUUAAUUAAUUAGCUUUAAAAAAUUAUUCAAAUUGA